CAUGUAUGAAUCAAUGAUACCUAUACUAAAAAGUUACAUUUGCUAGACCAUAUAGCCUCGUUUGGUACAUGGGAUAUGGAUUAUGAUUAGGAUAAAUAGUUCCAAUCCCAUGUUUGGUGACAAUUAUUGACCGGAUGACUUGUCUGUUGGCCAAAAAAUAGUACCAAUUUUGUUGGAUUAUUUGUCCCUCUAUAAAUGUGGGAUUAUUUAUCCAGAACUAGGAUUAGAAAUAUUUUUCAAAACCUAACCCUUUCUCCCCCACAGAUCUGCUACCCCCUGCCUAAGCGUGCUGCCGCCGCUAGCCGGAGUCACCAUCGUCGCACGCCCACUGCCGUCGCCCGCCCAUGUCUACCGCCGUCCCACCCCCACUCGUGGAGAUCUUCGUAGCCGCCAUUGCACGCCGCUCUCCCCCAACCCCAAACUCCCUCACCCAAGGCCACAAUCGCAAGACCCACCCCAAAUCUUUGCCGCCGGUGACCCUCCGGCAUUCCCUGAAUCUCCAUUGCUUGUGACCCCAUCCUUCCACAUUCGAUCUUCAUCGCCUAAGACCACCCAUCCUCCAUACUUCGCCGCCCAACCUCCAUACUUCGCCGCCCAACCUCCGUACUUCUCCAAUCUCCGCCGCUAACCUCACACGCCACCAGGGAUCUGGUCGAUCGCCACCCUUUGUAUGCUCCGUAAUCAUAACAGUGAAGGAGAAUGAGGCUUUCGGUUUUCAGUUUCUGUCUAAUCCGGAAGUUACCAAGCACAAAGUUGGAUUUAGCCAUAUCCAAUCCAAUCAUAUCCAACCUAUUCCAAACCUCAUAAUCCUAUUUAAGCCAGCGUGAAAAACACGGCCUAUGGGACUUGAGACAAUACCGGACUGUAGUAGACAGUCUUAUGCACCGGACAGACAUAAUUAAAACUGAGAUCUCAAUUUGUCUCUAGUAAUUAUUGAACAAGUGUUGCGCCAAUAAUGGAUGCUUCCAGACCACAAGUUGUACAAAAUCAUACGUCUUUCAGGAACCCAUCAACUCAAUUUCACCACGUCACAAAACUGAGUCCCAAAAACCCCAAAUAUAUCAAAAUAUAUUUUUCCUUUUUCUUUUUUUUAAUAUAUAUUUAAGGUUCUCCAAUCUUACGUUGCAGAUAAAAUUACAAAAUUGAAAAUAUAGAAAACCAAAAAGUAGCCCACAGAGUCACAGACGUACCGUCCGUCCGUCUUUCUUUCCCCUCUAUUUUUGGCGUCCUCUUUUUCAUUACUGAGAUCCCCGAAUCCCUCUGUUUCUCUCUCCUGUUUAAAAGAGAAAAAGAAGAAGAAAGUGGUUGGUGGCAGUGGCGGUGGUGGAUGGCAAAAACUAACAAGUACACCUCCAUAAACUUCAACCACAUCUAUGAGAAAACCCUCCCCGCCAAUUCCACUUCCAAUUCAAACCCAAAUCUCAAAACCCCUUCUUCUUCUUCUUCAUCGACUUCUUUCUCGUACUCUGCGAUCUCCUCCUCCAACAAGACCCAUGGCGGCCGAAUGCUCGUCCUAACCCGACCCACUCCAAAACCCAUUUCCAUUCCCCAGCCUCAGCCCCAAGCUCCGGUUCGAGAUCCGGCCCGGGCCGAGCCCGGUUCUGACUUGAUUUCGCUUCGGCCGUUGGGGAGGACCGGCGGCGGAUCGCCGGUUGUAAGCCAGGAGAGGGAAGCUCCGGUUCCGGUGGCGCCGCCGAAGCCGGACAAGUUUGUGCCUCCGCAUCUCAGGCCGGGAUUCGUGGGCCGAGAGGAGAGGCCUGGGCCGGAGGUGACGGGCCAGAGAAAUUUCGGGUCGCCGGGACGGUACGGGGAAGAGCGGCGGCCCAAGUCGGGUGGUGGGCAUGAGAGGAUGAGGAAGGGCGGUGAUCAUUCGGAUCUGGCGACGAUGAAUCGGCCGAAUUCUAGCUGAUGAUCACGCAAAAAGAAGAAGUUGGGAAGUAUGAACUAGAAAGAGGUUCUUUUACGCGGUCGAACUCUUUCCCGACGAC